AUGCAGAUGUUUUCUGGACAAUCUAGUUCGACACCUCUAACGGAAAAAUACACAAGUGGAAUAAAAUGUAGUGACGAUAAUCGUCCUCUUUGGGCUUAUGUGACUUUGCUACAAAAUAGGAAUGAGUCGAAAGGAAAUGCUAAAUGGCGUUGUAAUUUUUGUCAAGUAGAGUAUAAUGGCUCUUAUUUUAGGGUUAAAUCUCAUUUGUUAAGAGAGAAGAAUAAAGGAAUAGCUAUUUGUUCACAAGUGACAAAUGAAUAUUUGGCCGAGAUGCAAGAACUUCAAAGAAAUGCUCAAAAAGUAGAACCAGUACAAGUUCCUUUGCCGACCCGAACUACAAGUUUGAAUCCACCGAUUGACAAGAAUAAAAAAAAAAGAGGAAGUGAUGGACCUUUAUCAAAGGCAUUUAAUAAUGAAGCAAGAGACCAUUUAUCAUCUGAAAUAGCUAGAUUAUUUUAUUCUGCUGGUAUGUCAUUCAAUGUUGCUAGAAAUCCUUAUUUUAUUAGUGCAUUUACUUAUGCGGCAAACACUUAUAUAUCGGGCUACAUUCCUCCAAGUUAUAAUGCCAUAAGAACUUCCAUGCUACAAAGAGAGAAAGCUAACAUUUUGAAACUACUCCAACCUAUCAAAUACACUUGGCCAGAAAAGGGUGUGAGUAUAGUUACAGAUGGUUGGACAGAUGCACAAAGAAGACCAUUGAUUAACUUCAUGGCAACCUCGAGUGCAGGACCCAUGUUUUUGAAAGCAAUUGAUGGUACAGGUGAGUUCAAAGACAAACAUUACAUUGCUAAAUUAAUAUUGAAUACAAUUGAUGAGGUUGGAGCACAAAAUGUUGUCCAAGUUAUUACUGAUAAUGCUCCGGUUUCUAAGGCUGCUGAGUUAAUUGUUGAAAGUACGCAAUCUCAUAUUUUUUGGACACCAUGUGUAGUGCACACAUUGAAUUUGGCGCUCAAAUGUAUUUGUUCACCAAAAAAUACAUCAAAUAAUGAAGUUGCUUACAAUGAGUGUAGUUGGAUUUCUAAAGUCGCUGAUGAUGCUUUUUAUAUCAGAAAUUUUAUUCUAAAUCAUUCCAUGAGAUUUGCUAUGUACAAACAAUUUGUGCAUUUGAGGCUGCUUUCUAUCACUGAAACAAGAUUCGCAUCUGUUAUUAUUUUGCUCAAGAGAUUGCAAGUCAUUAAGAAAGGUCUAUCGUCUAUGGUAAUUGAUGAACAAUGGUCACAAUAUAAAGAGGACGAUGUUAAAAAGGUUGCUUUUGUGAAAGAGACAAUUUUAAGUGAACAAUUUUGGGAUAAAAUAGAUUACAUUUUAAAAUUUACAGAUCCUAUUUAUGACAUGCUUCGUUCUUGUGACACUGAUGAGCCAAAUCUUCAUUUGGUUUAUGAGAAGUGGGAUUCUAUGAUAGAAGAAGUCAAAUUAGCUAUUUAUAAACAUGAAGGCAAGGAGUUGAAUGAAAGUUCGUCUUUUCAUCAAGUGGUGCAUGGCAUCUUAAUCAAUAGAUGGACUAAAAGUUACACACCUCUUCAUUGCUUGGCUCAUUCGCUUAAUCCAAGGUAUUAUUGUAAACAAUGGCUUGAUAUAUCUCCGAAUCGUGUUGCCCCACAUAGGGAUAAUGAGAUUUUUAUUGAAAGAAACAAAUGCAUACGAAGUUACUUUAUGGAUGCAAAUGAAAGGCUAGAGGCAACUGCUGAAUUUGUUAAAUUCUCAAGUGCUGAAGGAGAGUUUGGCCAAUUUGAUUCAUUACAAGAUAGGUGGAACUUGAAGGAGAGUUUGGCCCCUAAACUCCAAUCAAUUGCAUUGAAACUUCUCUCGCAACCAACUUCUUCAUCAUCUGCUGAGAGAAAUUGGAGCACAUAUGGAUUCAUUCACUCAUUGAAAAGGAAUAGGCUCAAUCCAAAAAGGGCUGAGGAUUUAGUUUUUGUUCAUACAAAUCUUCGUCUUCUUUCAAGAAAGAGUGAGAUUUAUAAUGAAGGAGUCACAAAAAUGUGGGAUAUUGGUGGAGAUGAAUUGGAUCUAUUUGAUGGAGCUGGUAUUCUUGAAGUUGCUACUCUUUCUCUCGGUGAACCUGAACUAGAAGCUGCAUUCAUUGGAGAAGAAAAUAUUGAUAUUCAACCAUGA